AUGCAUAUUUCAGAAAAUUAAUAUUUGUUCAAAAGGUAGGAUACUUCAGAUUAAUAGUUCAAUACAUAAUUUUUUUCACCAGAAACAGAUUAUAGACAAACUUAAAAGGAAAUAAUUUCUUAAAAAGUAUAAGAAGAUCAGGAGAUGGAAACUUAGCAAAUUUAAUUCUUUACUCCAAAAAAAGGAAGGUGUAAAUAAAACUAGAUUUAUUAUACUCCAGAAAUAAAGAGAAAAGUAGUUAAUUAAGUGGAUAUAGAACAUAGAAAAUUUAUAAGGAUAGGAAACAUUUUAUUUGUAAUAUAAGUUUUAAUAAUAAUACUAUUGGAAGUGAUGAAUUGA